CAAUUUACAAAACAAGAGGAAAUAUGAACUGUAAAAAAAAAAGAAAAAAAAAGAAAACAAUUGCCUGUUUUAUACAAUGAAACAAGACGAAAAUCUAAUAUUUCUUUUGGGUAUUCUCUUAUAACGUGUUGCUGUUUGGGUCAAAAUAACCAUAAUCCUUUGAUAGGCAAUAGUUUGAUAUUUACAUGUCAUUGUCCUUGGUGCUGAAAUAGAACAGAAUAAUGUUGUUUGUGGCAAGGAGUUUGCAAAAUAUUGAUACACUGUAAGUGUUAAUGAUGAUAAGUGGAGCUAGGAAAAUUUAUAAAAUAAAUAAAUAAUCAAGAAAAUUAAUACAAUUUUAAUUUAAGUUGUUAUGGCAGCUUAUUUGGACUUAAAUGUUUUCACAAAAUUGAACGUAUCUUAACAAUUGAAGUAACUACUUUUUGUGUUGAUGAAAAUGUUUUUGCCUCUAAUCAGAGAUUAUUAUGAUUUUUAUUCUCAAUAUUAUUUUGUUAUCAUUAAAUAUUCCUGUCAUGGAUGUAGUUCUUUCAAACAACCACAUGGGGACAAUAUAGACCGUCACAUGUUGUCUGCCGCUUGCUUGAGACCCCUCCCAAUUUAAUGGGAGGAUGUUUCCUCCGUGCUUUGUUACAAAGACACAUAGAGUCGGAGUAGAUCGACACUCUUUUGCCAAUUCCCUUAAAUAAAAGGCGGCUUUCUGUUCUGAUGACUCACAACCAACCGAGCCUUCCAAAAGAUUAAAUGGACAUUAGUCCACAUGAUCGUUUACUGACAAGGAUAACAAUAUGCCGACGGGGAGGAUACGUGGACCUUUUGGGAUCUAUUUGCUCUUUGUUAUGUUGCAAUGCUACUGGAAACUGGGAUGCGGACAGCUCUCUUACUCUGUGUCUGAGGAGGUAAACCCUGGCACUUCUGUUGGAAAUCUUGCAAGGGAUUUAAAUCUUAACGUGCAUGACCUGGAGACACGCAUGUUUCAGAUUGUCAGUGGAUCUAAGAGAAAGUAUUUUGACAUAAAUCUCAAAACAGGCAGCCUUUAUGUCACUGAAAGAAUCGACCGAGAGGAGCUUUGUGCAAAGGCUGCACAGUGCACUGUUAAUGUAGAGGCUGUUGUUAACAAUCCGCUAAAACUAUAUCGUCUGGUAAUAAACAUUGUUGACAUAAAUGAUAAUGCACCGUUUUUUUCAGAAAAACUGCAAUCUAUCAAUAUAGCAGAAAGUACGGCGCCGGGUGGGAAAUUUGGAUUUGUAGGUGCAUCAGAUCAUGAUGUCGCAAAGAACAGCGUCAGUUCAUAUAAGCUCAGUCGAAAUGAAUAUUUCUCCUUAGAGGUCCACAAUAAUGAGGACAGUGUGUCUGCAGAGCUUGUGCUGCAGAAGGCUCUGGACCGAGAAAAACAGCCGACCAUUAAACUCACUGUCACUGCUGUGGAUGGUGGAAAUCCACCAAAGUCAGGAACAGCACAGAUUAUUGUCAGUGUUUUAGACAUCAAUGACAACUCUCCAGUUUUCAGUAAUUCUUUGUACAAAGCGAGGAUAUCUGAAAACAUAUCAGUGGGUAGCACAGUUAUAAUUUUGACAGCAGUAGAUGCAGAUGAAGGAAUAAAUGCUGAAAUUGAAUAUUCUUUCAGAUCUAAAGGCCAGGAUCGUGUUUUAGAUCUGUUUCAGAUUGACUCUAAUACAGGCGCAGUCGUAAUCAAAGGUGAUAUUGACUAUGAAGAAAACCCUGCGUUUGAAAUUCAUGCUCAGGCCAGUGACAAAGGUCAGCCUCCAAUGUCUGCUCAUUGUAAAGUGCUGGUAGAGGUGUUGGACCUAAACGACAAUGCUCCUGAGAUCACUGUGACGUCGCUGUUAAACACGGUGAAAGAGGACGCACAAAUAGGUACAGCUAUUGCUCUUGUGUCUGUGGUGGACAAAGAUGGUGGCAAAAAUGGAGAAGUAAAAGCUGUUAUUGCAAAUGAAACUCCGUUUAAGCUAGAAACCAAUUAUAAGAAUUAUUAUUCAUUAGUUGUUGAUGGGCCACUUAAUAGAGAGACUGUUGCUGAUUAUAAUAUAACUAUAGUCGCAACUGAUGAAGGGACUCCCUCUCUCUCAGGGACCAACACUGUUAACAUUAAAGUAUCUGAUGUAAAUGACAACCCACCUCGAUUCUCGGAACCACUGAUUAAUGUUUAUGUGAAAGAAAAUAGUCCAGUGGGAGCAGUUAUUAAAACUGUCUCAGCAUUUGAUGCUGACGUUGAUAAUAAUGCCCAUGUGACUUAUUCCUUUUUACAAACUAACAGCGACUCACUGAAUUCAGCUAAACUUGUAAACAUCAACUCAGAGACAGGAGAUAUAAUCAGUCUGCAGUCUUUUAACCAUGAGGAGUUAAAAACAUUUCAGUUUAAAGUUCAGGCCACAGACUCUGGUGUUCCUCCGCUCAGCAGCAACGUGACUGUUAAUGUUUUAAUCCUGGAUGAAAAUGAUAAUAAUCCAACCAUUUUAGCUCCUUAUUCUGAGCACGGAUCUGUUAACAGUGACACCAUCCCUUAUUCUGCUGAAGCAGGAUACUUUGUAGCAAAGAUCAGGGCUGUGGACGCAGACUCUGGAUACAAUGCGCUGCUUUCUUAUCACCUGUCUGAGCCCAAAGGAAACAACCUGUUCAGGAUUGGAACCAGCACCGGGGAAAUCAGAACUAAGAGGAGAAUGAGCGACAACGAUCUGAAAACCCACCCCUUGGUGGUGCUGGUUUCUGAUAACGGAGAACCUUCCCUGUCAGCUACGGUGUCUAUUGAGGUGAUGGUGGUUGAAAGCACAGCUGACGUCCAGACUCAGUUCAGACAUGUUCCUAUAAAGGAGGACAGCUUCUCUGACUUGAACUUGUAUCUGCUGAUUGCCAUUGUGUCAGUGUCUGUGAUCUUCCUGCUGAGUCUCAUCAGUCUAAUAGCUGUCAGAUGCCACAGGACAGACGGCACUUUCAGCAGAUACAGCGCCCCCAUGAUCACCACCCACCCUGACGGGAGCUGGUCUUACUCUAAAGCUACCCAGCAGUACGACGUGUGUUUCAGCUCAGACACAUUGAAGAGUGAUGUAGUGGUUUUCCCCGCACCGUUUCCACCUGCAGAUGCUGAACUGAUCAGUAUUAAUGGAGGAGACACUUUUACCAGAACUCAGACUUUACCCAACAAAGAGAAGGUAAGGCUGGUGCAUAUUUAUAACAUUUUGCGCCGAAGUUCGCUUUGUGACAUUGUUUAAUUUGAAACUUACCUAUUUAAAAGUUGUCUGGUAAUUUGUCACCACCACAUUGCAAAUUUGUUUGACAACUGAUAUGCAACAUCAAUAUACUUCAAUGUUUAUAAAUAAUACGAUCUUGGUUAUUUAUUUAUUUUUAUGUAAAGCAUUUAAAGUGGAAAUAUAGCAGUUUUUGGAAUGUUUUACAUAAUCUGUUUAUACACCUAUUCCAAAAUUAUAGAGCCAAGAAUAAAAACAAAAAACACAAUUUGAGAGGAUAAGGUAAUUCAUUCAGAGAUACUUAUUUUAAGCAAAAAUAGCUUUGUUUUGUGUUUUAUUAUGAUUGCUGAACUUUGGCUGUUGUUGUUGAAAUUUUUCUUUUAAUGGUUUAUUUUAAUGGUCCAUGGUGCUGAGAGUGAUUCUGAUCAAGCUGGUAUAAGCAGAAAAACGAAACUGUAUGGACUAAAGAUAUUUCAAUUCAUUAACUCCACCAUGAUGAAGUCAUGCUUAAACUCAAGCGGUGGUGAGACUCCAAGUGAUGGCACACAUUUUAAACAAUAUGUUUUAAUUGCUAAUCAAUUUCAUAAACAAAAGAACAACUCAUCGAAUUUUGUAUGGAGAUAUUUCCUUUUCAUAAAAAAAUUAAAAUAUUACCUAACAAUCACCUACAAAAAGUUCUAAGAUUUAUAAAAUGGUCUCUCAUCAGCGUGAAUGAUCUAACAGCACACCGAUUGAUGUUUAUUUUAUUUUAUGAAAGGUAAUGUGUUGUAUAGAAAAUUAUUAUUAGCUGCAGUUAAAAUGGGGCAAAACACAAAUGGACUUCAGUAUGCAAUAUUGUGCUCUUUGCAGCACAUAAUUUAAUAUUUAUCUUAAAGCACAAAAAGGGGCCAAGGGUCUUCCUAACUUGCGGUAAAUGCAAUACCUAAAUAUGUCCACACGGGGACAUAGUAGACCAUCACAUAUUUCCAGGCUGUACCAUAUAUCGGGCUCCUCCCUUCUUAGUACAUGUUUCAAAAGCCACAGAGACAAAGGGAUUCAGAGAAGGGAGAGGGACGGUGCGGUGACCAUUUUCUAUCUACAUGAAAGAACCCUCAAAUCAUCAGUGUCUAUUAUUUUAUUUUUGAGGGUGAAUUUAGAAUAUAAAGACAUUAAUUCACAGUUAGCUGUAGGUUUUUCCAGUUGGAUUUAAAUAU